AACAAAGCAAAAGGGUUUAAGAAAAUGGAGAGGAGAAACAGAGACGAACGAAUGGGCGGAGCAGCCGGAGCCGGAGCCCAUCCCAGAGGCCCACCCGGCCGACCUCUCCCUCCACCUCCUCCUCUUCCCCAGUCCUGGGCCCCACCUCCCCCUCCUCCCAGCCGCUUCGAACCGGUCGACCGUGAAAAGACUUGCCCUUUGUUGCUCCGGGUCUUCACCAAGAAUGGGGGUCAUCACACUCAGCAGGACUUUGCAGAGAGAGGCAAAGAACCCAAAGAUGAGGUUCAGAUCUAUACAUGGAAAGAUGCCACACUUCGCGAACUAACUGAUCUUGUAAAGGAGAUUGCCCCAUCGGCAAGGAGAAGAAAUGCACAACUGUCGUUUGCUUUUGUAUACCCCGACAAGGGCGGUCGUUUUGUCUUGAAAAAGGUGGGAAUGACACAUGCUCAUGGAAACAUGGGGAGACGUAUAGAUGACAUUAAGUCUUUGAAUGAGCUCAGGUUCCAGAUUGGGGAUUAUUUGGAUGUGGCAAUUCUAUAGAUGAAGAUGGUCUUCACUGCAUUUGUUCUGAUUGGUCCAGUCACAACAUCUUUAAUAGAUCGAGUAGGAAGUAGACUGCCAUGUUUUGGCCCCUUUUGAUUUGAUGCUGAUUUUCAUGGGGUUGUAUGUUAUAACUAAAAUUACCCUCUCUGCUAAUCAUUCGACUGACAUUUGAAGCUGGUUUGUAUUUAAUCGUAAUUUGAAUUUAAAAACUGCAGAAGACUUGCUCCUAUCUUAAAGCGUCUCUUUUUAGUUCUUACUACAAGGAAGAGCA